GGACAUCAAAACUUAUCACAAUCUUCUUGUGCUCUAACUGCAAUUUGCUCAAAGCUCUCUAAUUUAUCUAUUUGCUCACAGAUCAUUCUGAAAGCUUUCUUUAUUUUUCUUAUUGCUAGUGUUUUUUCAAUUACUGUUACAAUUAGUUUCAUUUUCCAUUUUUCCCAAGAAAUCAUUUUCCAUCAAAUGGCAGAAACAAAGGAAUGCCACGUUAUCGUCGAAAUCCCAGUAGACGAAGAGCAUCAAAAUAAACUUGUUUGUGCAAUUCAACAUCACCCGUUAACGGAAAUCUCAAAAAGCCCAGGUCAUCUCUUACUUCUCAAGCUUUGGCAAAGAGAAGAGGAUCUCUCUGGCCGCAGAAUUGCGGCCAAAGAGACCCGAAUGGACAGCAUUCGAAGAGAAAUAUUUCAACUUUGUUGUUUCUUCUUUAUAUUUCAUGCACUUUUCUUUACAAUUUUAUUCACAUCUAUUUCCGAAGACAACCACCAUAAUAAUGUCGCGUGCCACAAAUGGUGGAUCCCAUCAGUGGUAUCAGUUUGCACUUCAUUUUUUAUUGUGUUUUUGGUACAGUUGAAACUUUACAGGUUUUGGAAAGUGUCGAAACAGUUGCAAAGGGAGAGAGGGGAUGGUAGAGCACUGACGAGGUGCAUUCAAGAAUUGAGAAUGAAAGGGGCGAGUUUUGAUCUGUCAAAAGAACCACAGAUUGGGAAUAAAAUGAAGAGCUCUAGUGUGGAGAUCAAAUGGAAGCCUUUAACUUGGUUAUCUCAAUAUGUAGUAACCAUUUGUCUUAUUUGUUUCACAGGAUUGGUGUUCCCAGCUUCUAGGCUCGUCCUCUGCGCUUAAAUCAGCAAUUUGGACUCUAGAAAAGUUGCUCCUUGCUCGGGCAGAAAAAAGAAAUGGGGGAUAGAUAGAUUGAGAAGUCCCAGCAAGGUUUCUGCAAAUGUAAGAUUGAGAAGUCCCAUCUCCUACAUACAGAGUGGACUGGCUGGAAAAAGAAUCCAAAAGCAUCACAUGGCAAGAACUGAUUGGUCUUCACAAUAGAUGGAGAUGGGAAGUUUUAAGGAAGGGCCCUUAAUUGCAUAUUACUACAAGGAAGGGUACUACUAACUAGUAACUAGCUAGCAGUGGUCGAAAGAAGAAAACAUGGGCUGCUGAACCUAUGCUAGUGCUUGGAAUAUCAGGCUCACUGCCUACUGCAGGAGAAUGAAAUGGUGCAUAGAGCAUGAUUGAAUGUUUUUGGUUGAAUUUGACUUCCAUGAUCAUCAUAAUCAAGAUGAAGCCCGACCUCAAAGAGGAUGGCCUGCACAUAUUGUUAGUUAAAGCCACAUUGAGGGAAAUGGGCCAUCUUCAAGAUCACAUUCAGACCUAGAGAAGGGUUUUUUAUAAACUGUAAAGGACUUCUAAGUUAGAUCCUAACUAUAUAACAUUAGCACUCUUUUGUGAGGUAAGGCAUAGUUCCCCCUCUCUAUGUACUUCAUUUCUGCCAUACAUUUAAAAUCCCAACAAUAGUUCUGAUUGCCACGUA